ACACGGUGGGCUGUUCAUGUACGGGAAGAAGGUGUGAGGAUGGGGCUCAGGUGAAUAAAGGUUAAGACAAAUGGACUUCCUGACUCUGUUUGGUAUAUAUGUGGCAGUGGUGCUCACCUGCAUUGCUCUGGUUUGUAAGUACUCAGGACAUCAGCAAACUCCUCUCGGUCAGUUGGUGGGCGCGUUCACAAGGAUUGUCUCUCCAUGCAUCCCACAAUGGCUCCAAAGCAUUUGCUACAGGACUAUGCACAGACUGUUUCACCAAAGGAACAACUUCUUCCUUUACCUGCACCUGUUACUUGAAGUGGUUGUGUAUGGAGAAUUCACUUAUGAGGUUUUUGGCUUCUGUUUGGACAUGGGCUCCAGUUCAUUAAGCUUGUGUGUCCCUUACAUCCUCCUUGCACUGAAGUCCUGUUUGUUUUACCUGUGUUGUAGCAGAGACCCAGGGACGCUGACAAAGUCAAACCUCUCUGCACAUCUGAAGAUCUACCAGUAUGAUGAAAAACUGUUCCAGCAGGGAAUGAAGUGUUCAACCUGUCAGCUGAUCAAACCUGCCCGCUCCAAACACUGUCGUGUUUGCAAUCGAUGUGUCCAGAGAUUUGACCAUCACUGUGUGUGGGUGAACAACUGCAUUGGUGCCCAGAACACAAGAUACUUUAUGCUGUACCUCCUCAGUGUUUGUGCCAUGGCAGGGAAUAUCGCAGUCCUUACAACAGACAUGCUGCUCCAAACUGUGCUGCGAACUGGACUUCUGCAUGCUCACUACAUUGAUGAGCAGGGUAUACAACAGCCCGCUGGACCACUCUUUAUCAUCCAGCAUCUCUUUCUGACAUUUCCGAGGAUCGUCUUCAUGCUGGGAUUCCUGGUAUUUGUCUUUUUCCUCUUGGCUGGUUAUUGUCUGUUUCACUUCUAUUUGGUUUUGGUAAAUCAAACCUCCAAUGAGUGGUUUAAAGCAAAAGGACACAACUGCCAACAUUGCCAUCCAUAUUCUGGACACAACUGCCGGACCUCAUACAAUCCAUUCAGAGGUUUCUAUCACAGGGGAAUCCUCAAAAACAUCGGGGAGAUCUUUUGGCCUUUACGUCCUGUUCAGAAAAAAGAAAAUUAGAGAACGUUUGUCUUUUUCAAAAUGCUACAUGAUUUUAUUUUGGUAAAUGGGAUUUUUAAUAAAUGUUUUCUCAGCCUUA